AUGCCACAAGGCUGUCCCGGACCACCCGUGCGCAACAAGGUCUCCAUUGAGCUGCGACGGGACGGGACAGCUGGGAGCGGGCACUGCAUGAGCUCCUGGGGUGCCCCAGGGCGGCCGCCCCCUCUGUCCCAGCAGGACUGCGAGGGCCUCAUCGUCCGCUCGGCCACCAAAGUCACGGCCGAGGUGCUCGCUGCGGCGCAGAGGCUGCAGGUGGUGGGCAGGGCCGGCACCGGUGUGGACAACGUGGACGUGGAGGCGGCCACCAGGAAGGGCAUCCUGGUGAUGAACACGCCAGCUGGGAACAGCCUCAGCGCUGCCGAGCUCACCUGCGGCAUGAUCCUGUGCUUGGCCAGGCAGAUCCCGCAGGCAGCUGCCUCCAUGAAGGAAGGCAAAUGGGACCGUAAGAAGUACAUGGGCAUGGAGCUGAAUGGGAAAACACUGGGUGUGCUGGGCCUGGGCCGCAUCGGCAGAGAGGUGGCCACGCGCAUGCAGGCUUUCGGCAUGAAGACCAUAGGCUACGACCCCAUCAUUGCGCCCGAGGACUCGGCCGCUGCUGCCCUCAACCACGGGUACGGCGCGUGCGGGCAUGGGGUCGUGGGGGGAACGGGCGCUGCCUCCACUCACCCCGCUUGUGCCGCAGGGCUCCUGAACGACAGCACCUUCGCCAAGUGCCGCCGUGGCGUGCAGGUGGUGAACUGCGCACGUGGCGGCAUCGUGGAUGAGGGCGCGCUGCUGCGGGCGCUGUGCUCGGGGCAGUGCGGCGGCGCUGCACUCGACGUCUUCACGCAGGAGCCCCCCAAGGACCGCGAGCUGGUGAACCACCCCAACGUCAUCUGCUGCCCGCACCUGGGCGCCAGCACGCGGGAGGCACAGAGCCGCUGCGGCAAGGAGAUCGCCAUGCAGAUAGUGGACAUGGCCACGGGGAAGGGGCUGACGGGCACGGUCAACGGGCAGGAUCUCAGCAAGGCUUUCGCGCCCCAGAACAAACCCUGGGUUGCCCUGGCCAAGGCCCUGGGCUCAGUGCUGCAGACCACGGCCAAGCAAGUGCACGGCAACGUGCAAGUCUGCACCCUAGGGACUUCCCUGCAGGAGGCCGGGAGCUACCUGUCCCCUGCUGUGGUCUCGGGCAUGCUGGCUGGAGGGACGCAGAAGGAGGUGACCCUGGUGAAUGCCCUGCUGCUCGCCCAGGAGGCUGGACUGAAGGUGUGUGGGGACCAGCCCACACAAACCCUGGGACCCGAUGGCGGCGCCGGCCUGCUGCAGGUGGCCCUGCAGGGCACCCCGCACCGGGCCGCAGGGACAGUGCAGGGCAGCACCCCGGUGCUGCGGGAGCUCAACGGAGCCACCUUCAAGCAGCCAGUCCCGCUGUCCGGCUCCAUGCUCAUCUACAGAGCCAAAGCAUCAGAGCCCAGCGCGCUGCCUGCGCUCGCUGGGCUGCUGGGAAAAGUGGGAGUCCAGCUCCAGUCCUACCACAGCUCCAGCGCGGUGGCGGGGGAGCAGUGGAGCAUCGCAGGGCUCUCGGCCCCACUGCCCGACCUCAACGAGCUCGAGCUACGCGUGACCGAGGUCUUGCAGCUGCAGCUGUAG